AUGAACAUCGGACUAAAACCCUGCAAAACGGACAGCUCUUCUACUCCCGACUGCUCCUUUUCAAACCACCGCCACCUAUUAAAUCGGCCAUUCAACCCUUCCUUAAUGGAGGUGGGGGAGGAUGUCAUGGCGGUGAAAGCGGUGUUGACAAGAACAAGGAGGUGCGUAUCCCAGACCGGAAGCCGAUGGUGGUUGUCCAAGAUUGUCGAUCCUGCGUACCGCCUCAUCGCAAGCGGUGCCACCAAGAUUUUGCGUGCCUUCUUGUCAACAACUCCCUCCGUUAAUGCACUUUCCCCUCCUCCUGCUAUUGAAACCCUAGAUGGGACCGGUGUUAAAAAGACGGUGGAGAUAACCAAGAUUUCCAUUGAUCCUUUAAGCUUACAUGGGAAGUGGGAAUUGACUAAUUGCGAUUCUCCGCAUAAAAUGAAAUGGGAACCAAGUAGCGGAUUUUCUUGCGAAUUUGGACUACUCCGCCCCGAGGGGUUACAUAUUUUGGCAACACCUCCGUCAUCUAUCCUAGAGAAACUAGCUUUUGAUAUCACACCUCCUAGCUAG